GGGAAGAAGGAGCGCACUCUAACGUCACGCGUCGAAGGCAAGGAGGAGGGUCAGGGUAGGGGCUCCACUACCCAACGCUUUUUAUGUGGUUGACUGUUUUCCAGGACAGUCUACUUUAUAUGAGCUUGUAUGUGCCGACGUAGAUGUAUGUGUGUGUGCGUUUGAGAGUGUGUUUCCUCUUUAUGCGGAAGAAGAAAAGAGGAUAGACAGCCUAGACAUUACUUACGACAAAAGGAAGUGAUCCACUGAAGUGCCAGAGCCCAAUGGAACAUUUUUGUGGAUCGGGCCGCCCGCUCUGGGAUGCAAACCUGACCCUCUACACAGAGCACCCCGACCUCUCAGAAUGCUUUCAGCUGUCCGUGUUGUCAUGGAUACCUUGUAUCUACUUGUGGUUGACCUUCCCGUUCUACGUCCUCUACCUCAAGAGGAACAACAAGGGCUACAUCAUGAUGUCCAUCUUAAACAGAGUCAAAACGAUAUUUGGCUUCAUAUUGUGGAUAGUUUGCUGGACAGACCUCUUCUCCGCGUUCCACGAAAUGCAGCAAAGCAGCGGGCCCAAACCCCCCAUAUUCUUUGUCACGCCACUGGUGGUCGGCAUGACGAUGCUCCUGGCAACCUUCCUAAUCCAGUUUGAGCGUCUCAGGGGAGUCCAGUCCUCGGGAGUGCUCUUCAUCUUCUGGGCGUUGUCAGUCCUGAGCGCGAUUGUGCCUUUCCGCUCCAAGAUCCUCCAGGCGUCUGCCAAGGCGGAGAUCGAAGACAAGCUGCGAUUCACUACGUUCUACAUCUACUUUGGCCUCAUCCUGGCUGAGCUCCUGCUGUCCUGCUUCAGUGAGAAGCCACCCCUCUUCUCUGAUGUGGUCACGGACCCUAAUCCUUGUCCUGAAUCUGGUGCCGGCUUCCUGUCCACCAUGACGUUUUGGUGGUUUACAAGGAUGGCUAUCAAGGGUUACAAGUCUCCUUUGGAAAACAAAGAUCUGUGGUCUCUAAACAAACGAGACCGGUCAGAUGUCAUCGUUCCCAAUCUGCUGAAAGAAUGGGAGGUGGAAAAGGCCAGGGUUCAAAGCCAGCAAGACAAGCAGACUCAGGCCCUGUACUCCAAAGUGCCCUCAGGCGGCGCCGCUGCGGCCAACAACCACGCGGGCGGAGGGACUGGAAGCCCAGAGGAAGUGGAGGUCCUGCUAACCAAACAGAAGCUGUCCCACCAGCCCUCCUUCCUGCGCUCGCUGCUGCGCGCCUUCGGGCCCUAUUUUCUCAUGGGCUCGGCCUACAAGCUGCUACAGGACCUCAUCACCUUUGUCAACCCGCAGCUGCUCAGCUUGCUCAUCUCCUUCAUCAAGAACAAGGAUGUGCCGUCGUGGUGGGGCUUCGCCCUGGCCUUCCUCAUGUUCGGCUGUGCCAUCCUGCAGACCCUCAUCCUGCACCAGCACUUCCAAUACUGCUUUGUCACUGGCAUGCACCUUCGAUCCGCCAUCAUCGGGGCCAUCUACAGAAAGUCGCUGGUCAUCACUAAUGAGGCGAAGCGGUCAUCGACGGUGGGAGAGGUGGUGAACCUGAUGUCUGUGGACGCCCAGCGCUUCAUGGACCUCACCACCUUCCUCAACAUGCUGUGGUCAGCUCCGCUGCAGAUUGUGCUGGCUCUCUUCUUCCUCUGGCAGAAUUUGGGCCCAUCUGUCCUGGCUGGGGUUGCAGUGAUGAUUCUCCUCAUCCCCCUCAAUGCAGCCAUUGCCAUGAAGACCAGAGCUUACCAGGUUGAGCAAAUGCAGUACAAAGACGCUCGCAUCAAGCUGAUGAAUGAAAUCCUGAAUGGCAUCAAAGUGUUGAAGCUCUACGCCUGGGAGAAGUCCUUCCAGGAGAAGGUUCUAGAAAUUCGGCGGAAGGAGCUCAGUGUGCUGCGCAAGACUGCCUACCUCAGCGCAGUCUCAAUCAUGGCCUGGACAUCCGCCCCUUUCAUGGUCGCCCUGACAUCAUUUGCCGUGUAUGUAACAGUGGACGAGAACAACGUUUUGGAUGCUCAGAAGGCCUUUGUGUCCCUGGCCCUGUUCAAUAUCCUCAGGUUCCCCCUCAACAUGCUACCCCAGGUCAUCAGCAGCAUUGUGCAAGCCAGCGUGUCUCUGAAGCGAAUCCAGGAUUUUCUUAGUCACGAUGAGCUGGACCCUGAAGCCGUGGACAGAAAGCACACCGGCUCAGAAUUUGCUGUGGCAGUCAUCAAUGGGUCGUACUCAUGGGCCAAGCAAGACCCCACUACGCUUCACAACAUUAAUGUGAUGGUGCCCCAGGGCACGCUGCUGGCUGUGGUGGGACACGUGGGCUGUGGGAAGUCCUCCCUGGUCUCGGCCCUGCUGGGGGAGAUGGAGAAGCUGGAGGGGCAGAUCACGGUGAAGGGCUCAGUGGCUUAUGUGCCCCAGCAAGCCUGGAUCCAGAACGCUACGCUGAGGGACAACAUCCUGUUUGGCCAGCCCUACAUGGAGCAGAAGUACCGCUGUGUCCUGGAGGCCUGUGCCCUGGUCACCGACUUGGAAGUGCUUCCGGGCGGCGACCAGACGGAGAUUGGGGAGAAGGGCAUCAACCUCUCUGGCGGUCAGAGGCAGAGGGUGAGCCUGGCGCGGGCGCUCUACAGCGACGCCGAUGUCUACCUGCUGGACGACCCGCUGUCAGCCGUGGACGCCCACGUGGCCAAGCACAUCUUCGACCAUGUCAUCGGCCCCGAGGGGGCACUUCAGGGAAAGACACGGAUUCUGGUGACGCAUGGCAUCAGCUUCCUGCCGCAGGUUGACAACAUCCUGGUCAUGGUAGAUGGCCGAGUGUCAGAGAUGGGCUCCUUCCAGGACCUGCUCAAGCAGAAUGGAGCUUUCGCAGAGUUCCUCAGGAACUACUCGAUGGAAGACAUCAUAGAGGAUGAAAUGACCAUGGAGAUGAUCGAGGAGGAGGACGAGUCAUUCCCUGACGACGCACUUAGCAACCACACAGAUAUGGUGGACAACGAGCCAGUGGUCAAUGAAACACGCAGACAGUUCAUGAGGCAGAUCAGUAUCAUGUCCUCCGACGGGGAGAACCCCAAGUCCAAGUCGAUCCGCAAGCGGCGCUGCAGCGAGCUCAAGCACGCGGAACCGACGGCGGAGAAGACGGAACCGAAGGUGGACAAACUCAUCCAAGCCGAGACAGCGGAGACGGGCAAGGUGAAGAUGAAGGUGUACUUGGAGUACGUGAAGGCGGUGGGGCCUCUCCUCUCGCUCUUCAUCUGCUUCCUGUACGGAUGCCAGAGCGCCUCGGCCAUCGGCGCCAACAUCUGGCUCACCCAGUGGACCAACGACGCCAAGUUCAACAAAACGGAGACAGACACUAAUAUGAGGGUGGGGGUGUACGCCGUACUGGGCAUGACACAAGGUUUGCUGAUUAUUGGCACCUCUUUACUCUGCCGAGCCUACAGCAUGCUGAAGGCGUCGCGCGACACCCACCAGCACAUGCUCCAGGGCGUGCUGCGUGCGCCUCAGGCCUUUUUCGAGCGCACUCCCACUGGGAGGCUCCUGAACCGCUUCAGCAAAGACGUGGACACAAUAGACACGCUCAUCCCAGACAAUAUUGAUAUUUGGAUGCGCACUUUCUGGUACACUCUAGAUGUGCUGCUCAUAUGUUCUGCCCUCACCCCUCUGAUCUUCAUAGUUAUAGUGCCGUUAAUGCUGUUCUAUUGGUGGGUCCAGAGAUUUUACGUUGCCACGUCGCGGCAGCUUAAACGGCUGGAGUCGGUCAGUAGGUCGCCCAUAUACUCCCACUUUUCCGAGACCAUCACGGGUACUAGCGUGAUCAGGGCGUACGGGCGAAGCACCGCCUUCGUGCUCCUGAGUGACUCCAAAGUGGAUGAGAACCAAAAGAGUUACUACCCGGGUAUCGUGGCCAACAGGUGGCUGGGCGUACGCAUCGAGUUCAUCGGCAACUGCAUUGUGUUGUUCGCCGCCCUCUUCGCCGUUCUGGGGAAGGACCAUCUCACCGACAGCUUGGUGGGCCUCUCCGUGUCCUACGCGCUCCAGGUCACUAUGUCAUUGAACUGGAUGGUGAGGAUGACGUCUGAUCUGGAGAGUAACAUAGUGGCAGUGGAGCGAGUGAAGGAAUACUCCGAGACACAGACUGAGGCUCCCUGGGAGAUCGAGGAUAAGAAGCCCCCCUCAAACUGGCCUCCACAGGGGAAUGUGGAGUUCCGGGACUAUAGUGUGAGGUAUCGUGAGGGGCUGGAUCUGGUGCUGAAGAACCUCUCGCUCCAAGUCAAGGGCGGAGAGAAGAUUGGCAUUGUGGGUAGGACUGGUGCUGGCAAGUCCUCCAUGACACUCUGCCUGUUCCGCCUACUGGAGGCUGCAUCAGGCGACAUCACCAUCGACGACGUCAAGAUCGCCGAGAUCGGCCUUCACGACCUCCGCUCCAAACUCACCAUCAUUCCUCAGGAGCCUGUGCUGUUCUCAGGGACGCUGCGGAUGAACCUCGACCCCUUCGAGAAGUACAGCGACGAUGACCUCUGGAAAUCACUGGAGCUGUCCCACCUGAAGAAGUUUGUCAGUAACCAGUCAUCCAAACUUGACCUGGAAUGCUCUGAAGGAGGAGAGAACCUAAGUGUUGGCCAGAGGCAGCUAGUGUGCUUGGCCCGAGCACUACUAAGGAAGACGAGGAUCCUCAUCCUGGAUGAGGCGACUGCCGCCAUCGACUUGGAAACAGACGACCUCAUCCAGUCCACCAUCCGAACACAGUUUGAAGACUGCACAGUGUUCACCAUCGCACACAGGCUCAACACCAUCAUGGACUACAACAGAGUUCUGGUAUUGGACAAGGGACAGAUAGCAGAAUUUGACACACCGACGAACCUUAUUUCCCAGAGAGGAAUCUUCUAUGGCAUGGCAAAAGAUGCUGGACUGGUUUUAUAACAUGGUGACCUCUCUCACCCUCUCCCUCUUUCUACGUGAUUUAAACAGUGCCUUCAGACAAUACCGAGUGCCAGUGAAUGUACGUGUCAUUUUUAUACACAAAUGCAAAGCCAGGACCCAUUGUCAUUUUUAUGUUUGUUUGUUUUUGUUUGAUUGUAUACAGUAUGUGUUUGUAUGUUUGUGUUUUCUACAGAAACCUACAGUGCCACUGUUAUUUGCGAUGAGCAAAUUCUGAUAAGCCUAUCUAUUUUUGUACUGUACUAUUUAAGUUACCUUUUGCGAGUUGUUCAAUAGGGAAAAAUUUAGUCUCAGUUAUGUGUGAUUCUUUUUAUAAAAAAACAAAUCAAAACAAAUAUAAAGAACAAAAAACUUGAAUUCUAUCGCCAAAAUUGAAGUGAUGUCCAUGCAUUUAUUAAAAAAAUGAUACUCUGUG